AUGAAGACGGCAAGUUGUAGCGUUGUUUGUUUAGCAGGGCCUCCCGGAAAACAUGCAUGGAAAGGAGAACACGAUGCAUUGGAUGAGGAGGUGAGAUGCGCUCAUCAAUGGGGACCUCCUGAUGAUAAUGCUAUUGGUGGCAUAGGCAUCAAAGGACCCUCACCACCACUGAGACUACAUGGUUCAAGAGGUAUCCCUGGACCAAAUGACAUUUGCUCUGAUAAAAUGGGACUGCCUAGACCAAUCGGUGAAAUAGAACCAAAUGGUCUCCCUGGUGAACGAAGGGAAGCAAAACUACAAAGAUCAGUCGGAUCUCCCGGUGAUAAGAGAAUAUUCGGUAGAUACUGUAAAUCGUCUUGUGGCAUAGAAGAAAUCGUCGCACAAUCUUUUCUGGAACGGAGUUAG